AAUGGCGUGUUUCCAUAAAUUAUUAUCGUUUGGGGCUGAUCCAGAUCCUAGAGACACAUUUGGAAAUACACCGAAUCAUUAUGCUGCUGAGGACGGAGCAGUUGAUAUUUUAGAUGUAUUACUUAAUCAAAAAGUUAAUGUAAAUGCGCAAGAUAUAACAUCUAAAACUCCACUUAUGAAAGCGACAAGAAAUGGUAAAUUGAAUGCCGUAAAGAGACUUAUAAAGGCGAAAGCUCUAUUAAAUAUAUGCGAUAGGAAUAUGGAUACGGCUCUUCAUUUUGCCGCUAGACAAGGAUCGGAGGCCUUGGUGAGCGCCUUAAUCGAGGCCGGCGCCGAUGUUAAUUUGAAGAAUCAUUGGGGUCACACUCCUCUAUUUGAAGCUGUUAAUUAUAACAACAAAGCGGCUGCUGUUCGCCUCUUGGUUGUACCAAGUUGUAACGUUAACGCGAGUGACAAUAAGACGGGUGAUACUGCUUUACACGUUGCCAUUCAUCUGCUAAAGUUUAAUUACGAUUUUAAUACACCUGCAAGACAAGAUGGCGAUGGGCAGCAUAAAAGCAUUGUUAGAUUGGCAUUAGAAAGAAAGAAUGUCCAAGUACUUCACCUACUUUCGCAAAUUGGUUAUGUAAUUACUACAGAAGGGAUACGAGAAGAUGAAUAUGAAGUUCUUCAGAAUUUGUACUUAAUCAUUCCACCUGUGAGAACGUUGAAGCAACUUUGCAGAAAGACAAUUAGACAGUGCUUAGGAUUUGGAAUAAGAGUAAAGAUGAAUAAUUUGGGUCUACCUGCAACACUUCAAUCCUAUCUCUUAUUGGAUGAUAUAUUACACAAGUGUUUCUAUUGCGCUCAUAGGUGGCAGCAGUGUGCAACUUGUGAUACGUGUAGGCGUACUUGA